AUUUUCCCAUCGCGGCCAGCAGCAGCGGCAGUAACAGCAGCAGCGGCUCCGCAACACCUGGGCCAGGCUGUCCUUUCGAGCAGCCAGGCCCUCGCGAGACCUCGCCUGCGCGGGCUGAUCCGUCACCGGCCCAGAACCCCUCACAAAAAAGGAAGGGGGAGGCUGAGCAAGGGAGGCGUCACAAGAAACAAAAAUCCGUCUCCCAAAUCUGCCCUCCGGCACGCACGUCUCAUGGGCCCCCCGACAGCGGAAUGGUUUCUACAAGUGCGUCCCUUUUCCACGACGCCUCGCCCGAUCCUUCGCUAGCGACAGCCGACAGGGACUUCGCCACGCUGGAACGCGAAGAUGGGCGCGUGCCUCCGCUUCGGCUUAGUGUGAGCUCGACGGAGCCCCCACAUUAUGCCGCCACUCCCGUCACGGCCACCGGCCUUCCCCGGGACGGAGUGGUAUCCAAGGGCGGGCUGCCACGCCCAAGCUCGCAGCCCCCGAGGCCCUCGCUGAAGGACUGCCCCGUCGGGUCCGGUGCCCCCUUCAACAUCUCGUUGCCGUACAUCACUCCUGGUCAGUUGGCUUUCACCGCCAUGCAUUUCCUGCCCAUGCCCAUCCUGGUCCUCAACAGCAUGAAGACGGUAGUCUUGGCCAACGAGGCCAUGGGGAGGAUGUUGGGCAUCGCCUCGGAACCCGAUUCGGAUGACUCGGACGAAGACAGCGCCAUCUCGGUCCUGGACUUGCUCCGCGACCAGACUAUGUCCCAAGUCGGCAUCGACAUGUUGCAACAGGGCCGGCUGGUCUGGUUGUCGUGGGAAGCCUUCCUGGACUCGGUCGCCAACGACAUGUGUCACAGCCCAGCGCGGACACGCCCUGCCGACGGCGCCCGCAACGGGCUUUCUGCCGGUGGUGAAGAUAGCCAGGAGAUGCCGACGACGAGAGGCGGCGAUGCCUCGCGGCCCUCCAGCACGGGCCCCGAGGCUGCCGCACAAGCUGCAAAGGCGCCGUUAUGCGUCGAGGUGGUCGUUUCCAAGAGGGAUUUUGGCAAGCCGAAGGAACCCCGGGCCAAGCGGUCAAAGAAACUGGACCAGGCCGCCUACAGUCACGCCAAGAUGCUAAUCAGCGUUUGGGAGGCCGAAGGCCACACGUACUUUACUCUGACCUUUACCAGCACCGAAACGAACUUGAUAUCGGUGGCGAGCGUUAAGAAGGCGGUUGUCCGGCAGAACAUGCUAGACGCUGCAGAUCGGAAGUCGGUAUACACCGGGAGGCCUUCCUCAGUCAGUGCGUCAAGUCGCGAGUCUGGCGGAAGCUUGCAGCAGAGCCCGAACCAGUUCAUCACGCUCGGUGCGACCCCCUUCCCGCCGCUCGGGCCGCCCGCCGCCAUCCCCGCCUCCAGCACGCCCUCGAUCCUGCAUAAGCUCUUUACCAUGAAAGACGCCAUCCUCGACAACACACAGAUGCCCGUCAUCGCAAUGUGGAAGGACUCGUCCGUCUCCUUUCCGAACAAGGCCGCCCGGAAUCUCUUUAGGACCUACGAGGAGCCGGACCCGCUACACGAGGGAGUCGGGGUUCUCAGGUACUGGGAUGUCUGGGACGAGGAUUUCAAACGGAAACUGGAGCCUGAGGAGUAUCCAAUAUCGGUCCUAGUGCGCACCGAGACUCCGUUUGCUGGAGUCCGCGUCGGAAUGUACAACCAAGAAGGCAACAAGGUUGUCUACGAUGUCCUCGGGGAGGCCAUCCGGGACGAGGUGACCGGAGAGUUCGUCGCGGGCGUUGUCACCUGCCGCGAUGUCACCAAGAUGGCGCAGAUGCUCGCGACACUUAAGGAACUCGAGGACGAAAAGUUCAGACUAAUCUGCGAUACGAUGCCCCAGCUCGUUUGGACCGCCACCCCAGACGGGAGCCACGACUUCUUCAACAGCCGCUGGUACGACUACACCGGGCUGUCUAGGGAAAACUCACUGGGCGUCGCCUGGAAGAACCUGUUCCACCCGGACGACAUGGUCGAACAGGAACGCCGCUGGAGGGUUUCCCUACGGACCGGAGAGCCCUACGCGAUAGAGUACCGCUGCAGGAGCAAGACUGGCGAAUGGCGGUGGUUUUUGGGGCGCGCCCUGCCCCUGCGAGACAAAGACACUCUGGAAAUCACAAAGUGGUUCGGAACCUGCACCGAUGUCCAUGAGAGCAUGGAGGCUAAGUUGGCAGCGAAGCGCCUGAGAGAGCAACUUUUGACGGUCAUCUCGCAUGCGCAUGUCACCAUCUUCACCGUGGAUACAGACCGCAGGGUCACCAUGCUGGAAGGCUCGAUAAGCUGGGACGCCACCGGCGAGCGAUACCGCGACCAUGACGACGGGUCUCGGUGGUAUCUGGGCCAAAACAUGUACGAGGUCUUCAACCGCCUAAACUCACAUCUCGAGGACGGCGAGAGGCCGCGUUUCCUGGAGCCAGUCGAGUCCAUCCUCGCUGGCAGGUCCACCGAGGACAUCCAGGAGCACGGAAUAGAUGGCCGUUGGUACCGGACGCGCUUCAUCCCAGUGAUAGGGAAGACAAAAACCCCAUAUGGCUUCAUGGACCACGAAGGCGCCGUCGAGGGUGUAAUAGGUGUCAUAUUCGACGUGACUGAGCUUCGCGCUCGCGAGAUGGACCUCAUCGAGCAGGCCAAAGAGAGGCGACAGCUGGUGGCCAACGAGGCUGCUGCCAAGGAGGCGAGCAGACUGAAGAGCCAGUUCCUAGCAAAUAUGUCUCACGAAAUACGUACUCCCAUAACCGGGGUCAUCGGAAUGGCCGAGUUGCUCCUAGAUCUCCAAUUGGAUGCGGAGCAACGGCAGUACGCCGAGAAUAUAUAUCGAUCCGCAAAUGCCCUCCUUACCGUCAUCAACGAUAUUUUGGACUUCUCAAAGGUUGAGUCGGGACGACUAGACAUUGAGGAAGUGCAAUUCUCGCUAUCUGUCAUUGUGGGGGAUGUCAACAAGAUGCUCAGCUUCGCAGCCGAGCGCAAGAGCUUAGACUUCCAGUCCGAGAUUUCCCCCGAGGUGGAAAGGGACCUGGUCGUCCUGGGCGACCCAGGGCGGGUGAGGCAGAUCAUCACGAACCUGCUGACAAACAGCAUCAAGUUCACAACACAAGGCUACGUCAGGUUCUCGGUGCAGAAGGAGAGGGAGACUCGGUCCACAAUCGAGAUCAAGUUCGUUGUCGAGGACACAGGCAUCGGGAUUGAGGAGCAGGUGCGACGGCGGCUGUUCCAGCCAUUUAGUCAGGGAGACACCUCGACGGCGCGCAAGUUUGGUGGCACGGGUCUGGGCCUGACCAUCUGCAAGAACCUACUCGGGUUGAUGAAGGGCCGCAUGUCACUUGAGUCUACGCUGGGGGCUGGAACUACGGCCACCUUCUGGAUCCCUUUCAACAAGCCGCAGCACGGCGUGGAGUCGGGAGAUCUUGUCGAGAUCGAGGCACUGCCAGACCGGCUGCAGUCAGAGAUGAGCGUCUCGCGCAACAGCUCGAUGGACCCUGAUCCCAACUCGACUCACGCCAACCUUGGCAGCAUCGACGUGGGCUCGGAGCAGCUGGCCGCAAACAAUACCAGCGGCACAGUUUCCAGAAAGAGGUCGCUCGUCCUACCGUCGUCACCCCUCGCGCAGGACUUGGACAUGGACGCGCGAGCCAAGAUACAUGUCCUGGUGGUUGAGGACAACGCCAUCAACCAGGAGAUCGCCACCAAGACCAUCAAGAGGCUCGGCUUCACCGUCAGCGCUGUAUGGAACGGCAAGGAGGCGCUGGAGUACCUCGAAAAGGCACAGGAUGGACAAGCGUUGCGCCCCGACAUCAUCCUGAUGGACGUGCAGAUGCCCGUGAUAGACGGCUACAGAUGCACCCAUGUGCUGCGGCACCACACCCCGUACAAGGCCUACGUUAAAAAUGUGCCCAUUGUGGCCAUGACCGCGUCGGCCAUACAGGGCGACCGCGAGAAGUGCAGGAAGGCGGGCAUGGACGACUACCUGGCGAAGCCUGUGCGCAGCCAGAUUCUGGAAAAGAUGCUGGUCCGCUGGGCCAUGUCCAAGAGGAAAAGGCCAUUUGGAACACCGCAUUCCGGGCUAUCGUCGGCAUCUGAAUGCUCGAUGCUAGACGGCCAGUGCGGCGUCACGGACCCUGAGGAGCACAGCGUCGACAGUGCAAACGAAGCCGGGCCGAGGCCGAACAGAGACCCCACGCCGACCUCGGGAGCUGCGAGAAGGCCGUCGACGGGCAAGCGCAAGCCCACGGCCAUCCUCAGGAUCGAUCCCAACGGCGGCGCGCACCACGGCGAACAGGGUGACGACGGCGACGGCCGGGCCGGGCGGCAGGCCGAGCUGUCUACCCCGCGGGUCCAAAAACAGCAGGACUCGGGCUACCAGGGCUACCGCCACCUCCUGGGUUCUCAGGGCGACGCGCCCAUGGAGCGGCCCCGCAAGACGCUACGGCUCGUCGAGGCCAGCGAGCGGGCGCUCCACUCGCGCGACGACAAGCUGGUGGACGCGACCGGGAGCGCCGAGCUCGGGUGGCCAUCGCCGUCGUACUCGCUCGAAUCUCCGGCCGGCGGCAUCCUGGGCGACUCGCUCACCCAGGAGAACAUUGAGAAGCUGGGGAUCCAGGAGGCCGCCAUGCGGCAGCAGCGUGCCUCUAGCGGCGGCGGCUCCGGCUCGACGGGGCGCAUGGCUGAUUAGAGAAGAGAGCGCGCCUCGGGCAUGAGCCAUCCCUAAGAACAUGAUUAAAUCUGCUUGUGCUGCGUUGUAGUAGCAGGACGUGUCCGGUUCUUCCAAGCCAAGAUCGAAAAAUCGGCGCCGUUUUAAUGUGUCAUUCUUUCCCACAUUCUCCCUCUUCUGUCAGGUCUGUGUUCCUUUAUUUCUCUCCUUCCUUCUCGGGAACGGCACGGCGUCUUUCGGGGUUUACUGCAGCAUAUGAAACAGCACGGGAUCAUGAUAGAGAAAGGAUUAUGUACACGCAUCGGAAGGUCCUUGGGUUGGGGUUUGUUUUUCCAUUAUUCCCUUUAUUGGUUCCUGUGGGGGGGUUGCUGGUUUAGGCUUUUCCCUCCCUCCCCCUUUUUUUUUUUUCAUUUUUGGCUACUCCAUUCCCAUCUUUUGGGCUCAAACUGGAACCGAGUUGAACAAGGGAGGGGUUGGAAAAAACAGACCGAGAGAGAGGGAGAAUUAAAACAAGAGAAGAAGGCGCCGAAUGUCUAUAUCUCAGGAAAGCUCUACUCUUUCGAGGGGAGAGGUGCCGUCGAGGUUGUGCGUAAUCAAUGUCGGCGGGUCUAGCACAGGCAUCUGGAUAUCACAAGGCAACGCAAGAGGAGGGUGGCGGAUGGGGAUGCGAGGUGGUGGCACAGAAAGGCCUACGAUGGCAUAAAUCGGACACUGAUGUUUCUUCUUCGCUUCAAUACGAUAUGUCUACCCCUAAUAACGACAUCACUUGCAAGUCGGAACACGAGGACAGGAUGGUCGUACGGUUUAAUGGUGG